GUUAAAGUAACUAGAGUGCGUAGAAUCAGUUAUGAAAUCGGUUAUGGUUUGAACUGCAGUGAUUUCAACCUUUUACCAAAAGGAGUUACCAUUAACUUUAGUAAAAAUUAUUGCCACCAUCUCUUUUCUUAUUCAAUGAAGGCGUAACAUGUAAGAUUUAUUUAAAAUAAGUCCCUGGUUGAAAACCACUGCCCUAGCUCUAAGAUGUCAAAAUGGGCACUGUAAUACAUUGUCAAAUAUUUUUGGAUCAGUUUAAUAGCUUACCAGUGACCUUUAAUUAAUCAUGGAGGGUGAUGAUAUUGAAGAGGAAAUUGCUCCUGUAGUCCCAGUAGUAGAAAUAUCAACUCAUGGACAGCAUAGAGAAGCUUGGGGCCCCAGAAAUGACAAGUAAGUUUGAGUAUUUUUGGCCAUUAAUUAAUUUUCUUAUUAAACUAAACUAAUACAUUUUUCAUUAGGAAAUAAUUUUAUCUAACCGAUGUAAAUUUCUGAUGAUCUGUAGUAUUAAAUUUUCUAGAGAUAUUGUAAUACCAAUAUUCUAGUACCGGUAGUAAUUAUAAUAUUAUCUUACUAUAUAAUAUAAUACAAUAAUCAACCUGCUCGGGUAAAGUAGUCCCUCCUUGUUUCCAGUUUGCUCAUAUUCCUCGAUGUAUAUUGGCUUGUAUUGUCCAUUGACUUGUAUGUAGAUUUUGAAUUGUUGCGUUUUGUAUUUUAAUGUGGAAAAAUGUAAAUUGUCAUAUAUGGUUGACUUUGUACCACUCUUGGAGCCUUAAUUAGGAAUGAAGCAUGUUUUUGAAAUGGACUUAUUAUAUUAUUAAUAUUAUUAUUAUUAUUAAUAUGUUAAAUAUGUACUUAUUGAUAGAAAUAAUCGUAACAAAAACAAGCUAGAUAUUUUUAAGAUGUAUUUUUCUUCUAGCCAUCAUAAUGAUGAUCUGGACAGUGAUAUUUAUGAUGAUGAUGAUGAUGACAGCAAUGAUGAAAAUCAGCCAUCUCCCACAAGAUCUACAACCCAUCCUCCGCCACACUACAAAUCUAUCAAUGGAAAAAUGAAAGUUGACAUGACCCCACCCGAUCAGAAAUUAAAACAAUCUGAAGACUUGGCUAAAAAAUUUGCAUCAGGUGGCAAAGUUAGUUGCCUAAAUAUUAAUGUAAUUAAUAAGCAGUCUGCCAGGACCAGAUUUUUCAAUUGAAGUGUUUUAGCUUUAUCAGCAAAAUCAUUUCAGUUUAAAUGAAAUUUUGUUAUAGUAAUUUCUAUUUAGACCUGUUAUCCUUAACCAAAUCUUGGAAUUGACAUAAUAGACAUUUUUUUCAUACUAGCUUUCCCACAUUAGACUUUCAAAUGGAUAUUUAAAAGAAAAUAUUUUUGGAAAUUUAUUAUUGGCAUUGUUUGACAAGUUUUAUUUUUCGCUUAUUCAGGCUGAUAAAGCAAUUGAAGAACUUAUCAAGUGUGUUGCUUACUCCAGAAUAGUUCAUGGGGCUUCACACUGGAGACAUGCACAGUGUGUCACCAAUCUGGGGGAGGGUUAUCUAAAACUAAAAGGUAAAAAUAUGAACUUGAAGUGAACAUUUAGAUUAAUUUUAAAACAAUGAAGUAAUUAGACUGUAGUUGAUUUUUAUUUGUAUAUAUUUAGGAUACUAUGUGCAAGCAGAGUACCACGCUGAUACAGCACGCUCCAUCAUGCUCCAUGGCAGUCACAUGGCUGCUUCUAUGGAGGAGAAAUCUACUUUAUUUGCCGUCCUUAUACAAAUCUACAGAAUAAUGGGGCAGGCAGCUACAGCUCUCAAAAAGUAACUCUCAUUUAAAUAGUUCUUUCUCAAAGAAUUAAAUGACAAAAAUAUUCUUGUACUCUUUUGAUAUCAACAUUACAUUCCCUGAAACUUGAAUUGAUAUGAUUCACCAGUUGUUCACGAAGUAUCACAUUAAGUGUGUCUUUUUUAGCAUUGUAAUUUUUCACAAUAUUUUUUAAAGUCUAUAUUGUAGUAGAUAAAUGUUAAUACUCUAUUUAUGGGCAAUAUUCUUCAAGAAAUUUUUUUGUAUCUUACUCUUUUAUAUUCUUUUUCAGAUUUCCUGAGGCUGAACAAGCUCUUAAGAAAGCUGAUAAAAUCUCACAAGAGCGAAGCAAACUGCCAUGUGUCACAGAUAGGGAAUGUGACCUGUUGGAUAUUGAACUUUUUCAAUCAAUGGCAAGGUAUUGGCAUUAUUUUAUUUAAUCUUAACAUAUCUUGCAUAAUCCUGAAUGGAUUCUUUUUUUAAAGAUGUUCUAAAAUUGAGGCUAAAAGUUGAAAAUGAUAAAACAGAAAAAUUAUCUUAGAUCUAAACUCUUUAAAAAUGGUGCAUUUGGAUUGGGCAUUGCAUAUACUCCUAUUUUUUUAAAAUUUGUAAUAUAUCUUAUUUGCAUAAUUAAUUUUAUUGUUAAAAAAUUGCUCACAAUUUUAUUUGAAACAACCUGGUUUCAUCUUAUCUGCUGUCCUCAGAUUAUAUGCCAAGGAGAAAAAACAUGCUUUGGCUAGUGAGAAAUAUGACAAGGUUAUAGAACUAAUGACCAAAGAGUUUGGAACUGACUGCCCACAAGUCAUGCAAGCAAACACUGAAUAUGGCAAGGUUAAGGAUAUUCACAUUUUGUUUUUGGUACUGUUUUAAAGUAGACUUUUGUUUUCUUAAUAUUCUUUUCUGCAGUGAUGCACAGUGGCAUUGGUAGAGUUAGUGCUGCCUGGGGCAGGUCAAAAUUUUUGCUGCCACCUCCUUUCCACAAAAAACUCUUCAGCUGCCCCUCCAAAGUUAAAAGAAAGUGCCAUCCUCCAGGCGGACCAUCUACUUCCUAUGCCCCUGGUUCUGAAUACUGGUUUCGCCUAAAUUUUGAAAUAUAUUAUUUUAUAAAUAUGUGAUAAGAACUUCUUUUUUAUAUGUUUAAAACAUAUUAAUAAUUAUGCAUGUUUCUUCCUAAUUCUUUUAUUGGGCAAUGAAAAUUUAUUUCAGCUUGAGCAGUCCAAGGGUAAAUAUGCUAAUCAUGAUAAAACAAUACAACUUUUCCUGGAAGCUCACUCAAUAGCUUCAGCUAUGUAAGUUAGUUAUUCUAUACCCAAUGUUCCUUGUCACAUUGUUUGAGUUUUAAAAUGAUUUAUUCUUUUCUUUUAAAUCAUAUUUUUGCUUUAUUUGUAAAUAUUGGAUACACAUUAAAAAGAAAUUUUGAGUCAAUUUUAUUUUAUUUUUUAAGAUUUAUAUUCAUUAUACUUGCUUAAUCCUAUCAAUGACAAAACACACAGAGUGUUAAGUGAUCAUAUGGGAAGAAGUAAUAUAGCAUUUUUUAAAAACACAAUGACAAUACUUCAUUAACAAUAUUAUGUGUCUGGUUGAUCUAGAUGUCUUAGUAACUCUCAAUGAUUGUUUAAAAAAAUGUUCUUUAAUUAAUUAGCAAUUUUUCUAUUUAUCUGCCAUAAAAAAUAUUUUAAAAAUUGGUAUAGAUAUUUUGAAAUAAUUUUUCAACAGACACAAAGAAGGGCACCCAGACUUGAUUGAUACAGCUCUUAAUCUCUCACAAGCUUAUGCUGGGACAGGUUGGGAAGAUGCUGAAGGUAGAGGGUUUCCCCACCAAAAUAUUGAAAACAUUUAACUUUAACGUGUUGUGCUGAAGUUUAUUUCCUGAAUAAAAGUUUUAAGUGUUUUCUAUACAUUUUGAUUACCGGUACUUGAAGUAGUUUUUUUUUCUUUUAAGUCUUAUCAUAUCUCACAGUUUAGCAUUAAAAGAAGUGUCAAUAAGUCAAUAUUCCAUCUUGGUUACUUUGGUAUUCUUGCAUAUUUAUUACUUUAUACUUCAGAAAUAGAAAGAUAAUAUUACAAUACUGUAAAAAAAAAAAAACCACUAAUUUUGUCUUGAGAAGGAAAAUUUUUAAAGCAUAAAUGUUAAAUAAUGAAUACUUUUUCAGGUUCUGCUUUGAGUUACAUGGAAGAAUGUUUGAGGUCAUGUACCACAAUUUAUGGACCUAAUCAUGCCAAAACUUUGGAAGUACAGGACCACCUGGCAAAAAUGCUAAUAAGAAUGGACAAAAUGACUGUAUGUAUACUUAGUUAAUCAAUUUUAGGCUUAGGCCAGUGUCCCCUUGCAGUCAGCAAAUCUAAAUGAUCACUAAUUUAUUUAUUUAUUUUAUUUAUUUAGGCAUUUUUAUAUAGCGCUUACCUUAAAGCUCUAAGCGCUUUACAAUUAUUAAAAACAUGUAAACUAACUAAAAUAAAAAUGAGACAUUAGGAUAGUAACUACUAUACUAUAGAAACAAUUAAAAUGGCUAUAAAACGAGGACACUUUGGCACGUUUUGGCCUAUAAUUAAGUCAUUAUUGUCAAGAAAUGAGUUAAGUGAUGGCUGAUUUCUACGCUAGAGAAAUAAUUUAGAAAUAUUGUGUUUAAAAAAUUGUAGUUGUAAAAAUUGUAGUUGUAAUUAUUGUUACAAGUUGUCCUGGGCAAAAUAUAUACUUAUUUAUGUGCUGAAAAUGAACAUGUAAAAUGUAAUAAAAAAACUAUUUCCAUUUAUUUGGGUUUAUAAAAGGAACUUACCUUUUAACCCACAGUUGGGCAAUUUGAAGAUUAUGGGGGACAUUUUGUAUUUAUGUUUCAAAAAAAGAAUGGGGGCAAUAUUAGCCAGGAAACUUAUUGAAGUUAUCCACUGUUAUUGUUUGACAUUUGUUGCAAUACAAAUAUAUUUCAGUUAUUCUAGACACCAAAAGUUGGUGAAACUGAAAUUCAAUAUUUCUGACAGCAGCAUAGAAACACCCCCCCCCCCCACACACACACACACACUUUUUUAAAAGAGCUUUUCCACUUAAUGAGGAAGGGAAGUUGGGACAUAAAUCUUUUUUGGGUUCUCAGUUGCGACACCAGGCAAAAGAGGUUGGGAACACUUGCCUACGCAUAUAUUAUAAUAAAAAUUUUUUUUUUUCAAACCUAAUUAUUAUUGUUAGACAUUUUCGCUCAGGUGCCAUCCAUCAAUGACAUCACACAAUAUUUGCAAAUUUUUGACCACCCCCCCCCCCCAAUUUCAUAACAAAUCAUCUCAUAAAGUGAAAACACCCUCCAAUAUAACAUCACAAAACUCUGUACCCCUAUAAAACAGGGGUGAAAGCAGAAGACUCAGAAAAUAAAUUUCAUUUGCUGCCAUUGCUAGUUGUUCCUGCCAUUAAAAAUAAAAUAAGUUUUUAUGCAUUUUGAAUAGCAGCAGUAAAUGUUUUAUCUGGUGAAUUUUUUUUUGCGCAUUACUUGUGGUGGUAAUUCUUUUUCUUUUCUUGCAUCUAGAAAGUUAAUUAAACAACACAAAAUAAUUUAUUAAUUUUUUUUUAUUUUUAAAAAAAUAUUCAUUUUGGUUUAUUGGGGUGGGGGGUUCCUUGGAAAUUUUUCCCCCCCCCCCCCCCCCAUUUCCGUUCCAUCUCGCUUCCCGUGGUAGCCCCAAUUCUAUGAUCGCUGUCUUCACAUUAUUUUGACAUAAAUUCAUAUGACUCAAAUUCACUACAUCCCCAUUAUCCUUCUCUGUGACGUCCUGUAUCUUGAUCAGAUACCAUUUCUCGGACCUAUGAUAUAAGUACUGAUCCAGUCAGUGAUCGUAGUUUGAAAUUAAAAUAAUUAUAAUUAUUGUAUAAAGGAAUAAUAUUGAAAGGUCUUUAAUUUAGUGUUAUUAAGUGAAUUUUUUUACUAUACUGUUCCGCUGUCAAUGUGAUGUCACAAUGCUUUAACCCUUCUUCCCCUCAUCUCACAAUGUCUCCAAAAAAAUGUGACAGCCCCCCCAAUGCGUGUCAUCAUUUAUGGAUGGCCCCUUAAAUUAUUUCCAUGAUUUAAAUAAGGUUUAUACCAGAAAUGUGCAAAAUUUGACUGAGGACAGUCUUAGGAGGGUGCUAGUGGUGGGGUGGAGGCUCAAGUCCGAGGGGACAACAGGACUGAAAAGGGGAGGUCGUUCAAAGGAACUUUAGAGCAAGAAAUAUUUAUUUAAAUAAAAUACACAAUUAUAUUAGAUAAACACAGCUAAAAUAUGUGCUUGUAGAAAAGUUGAUGCAGCACAUAUAAGGCUUGAAUUUAAAUAAAAGCAGGUUAGUAGGGAGAUUAUUUUUUUCUGUUACGGUACAGAGUAAGAAUUUAGAAUGUCUUAGGACUAUGCCUUACGCAAAUUAAUUAUAUUUCAGUUUUCAAUUAAUUUACACAAAAUCCUGUUUCAGGAAGGUCUACAGAUUCUGCAGUCUAGUUUACAAAAUAAGUGUGAAAUAUUUGGAGAUUAUUCAGAACCUGUAGCAGAUACUUACAAGUUAAUGGGAAGUGUUCACUUAUCUGAAGGAAAUAUUGAAAAAGCCUUACGUACUUAUAAAAAGGUAAAAUAAUAAUUUUUAAAAAAAUGAUAAUAAAUAUUUUUGUAAAUUGAUAAAUAGGGCUACAAAAUUUUUUUACUCUUUAACCAAACAAUGCCCUUUUACUAAUGAACACCAAAAAGAAGUCAGAAAUAAUACCAUUAUUAUUAGUCUUAUCAAAGUCUUUUAUUUUUACAAUUUAUGAUGAUUUGUUGUGAAGUUUUUUUGAUUAAUUAGUUUUAUUAGUUUUGACCACAUCAAAGUUAAUGAACCUCUCCUUGCAGUGCUACACCAUUGAAGCUUUAUUACUGGGUAAGAACCACAGAAAAACAAAGGACACGCUGAGAACUAUGGAACUGUUAUUAGCGUGAGUAGUACUAGCCAUCAUGUAAUUAUUUUCAUACAGUUUUUAAUGAUUGCUGUAACAAAAUGUUCUAGAUUUACAUUAACAUUCCCCCCCCCUCCACCCCCUAAAUGCUUUAUUUAAAUUAUUGAAAAAAUAAUGAUUUUUUUAACUAUCUCUUUUACAGAAAUCCUGGUGUGUCCCACAAGUUUGUUCUCAAUAAGGAGGAUAAGUUGCUUAAGAGACCACGUUUUAAUAAUGUGGUUGGAAGAACAAAGUAGAAUAAUAGAGUUAAAUUUAUCAUUUUGCACAAGUUGUUUGUUGUAUAAAUGUAAACAUUUAUUUUGUUUAAAGGUUUACAUUUCUCCAAAUUUAUACAUGUGAUGAUAAAAAUGAGUUGAUAUAAUGUAAUAUCAUUUAAUUUUGAUUUAGCAUUUAAUUAACAUAGUAGAUAACACACUGUAAAUAUUGUCACUAAGAAGACUAUUAAUUUGAAUUUGUAUUUUUUAUUAGAUAUUAUUACAUUGAUUCUAAUUUAAGAAAAAUUUAGGACACAAGAAAAGUUAUUACCUAAAAAAAAUUAUUGUAUACAUUUCUUAAGAUUUAAAAUAGAUAUUUUUGUUUUGAAUUGAGGGCUUUGUCAAAGAAAAUGAGCCAAAAAAGCAAUGUUUAAAAUACAUGACAAAAAUAAUUUAUUUCUUUAUUUUAAGAAUAAUAUAUGAGGGACUGCAUUCAAGCCAUGUAAAUAAAUAGUGGAAUAAGGCAUUUUUAGGCUUAAAAAGAAAAUGAUAGGACAAUUAGAAAGACGUUUUGGCUAAAUGCCUUCUUGUAGCAGACAAUACCAAACAAGAAACAACAAAUAUUUAAAUAACAAAAACAUAUGUGUUCAAAGAUCUCAAUGUAGCUUUUGUUUAGAAACGAAUACAAUAAAAUUCCAAAUUUUAAAUUGUUUUGAUAAAAUUGCAUGUAAUACAUAACUGAUGUUGUAUUGAUCUGCUUGUUCAGUGAGAUAGUCAGCGUGUUUCCAAGACUGUGAAGAAAUCUACUGAAUGCACUAUUCUAGAUAGCCUGAUAGGGGGAUGUAAUUAUUUACAUUUCUUACAUCUCCUUCCUGUUCACAUCUUGUUCACAUUUUUUCACCUACCUGUAGACUGGGUUGGUUGGAUCUUGCCUGAAGUUGUUCUCACACUACAUGGCAUUAUAGGGCUUGGUGACAAAACAUUUUUUCCCAUUUGCAUUAGAAAUGUUUCAUCUGUAUGAAGAUCAUGAUUUAUGGCAACACCACAUAGAUCAUUAUCAUCAUGAAUCAUUCCAUUAUAAACCAAAAUAUAACUUUAAUCAUCACAUAAGUAGAUCUGUUCGUUUAUCCAUGUCAUAUUAUAUUUCUUAAUGUAAUUUUUAAAAUAAUAUACAAAAAUUAAAGUAUACAUUCGAAAAUUGUG